UUUAGGAGAAACCAUUUGUUCAGGAUAUUUGUGGAGAAGUCUUGGAAUCUAUAAAUAAACUUAACAAACACAAGUAUGUGGGAAAUCUUUUUUAAAGAGAAGUCUUAGAGAACAUCACAGUGUUUACUUUGGGAGAAAAUCAUUGGUGACUUUUGUGGAAAAACCUUCAACAGACAACACCUACAGUAGUACUAUUAGCUUGUUCACACAGGAGAAAAAACGCUUUCGGUGAGAUUUGUGGAUCAGCCUCUUCUCAAAAACAACACCUACUAAGGUGCCAAGCCUUUCACACUGAAGAGACCGGUGUUCAUUUGUGACACUUGUGAAAACCACUCCUCGCUUUAAAAUUUUCUUGAUCACACCAUUGUCAAUAUUGGAGAGAAAUCUUAAAGCAACAUUUAUCUCUGCCCAGGCAAUUGUCAACAUCUUAUCAAUUAUAAACAAUCUUCAAGGAAAAUUGUCAGUUAAUCAUUACUAAUAUGAAUUCUAAAAGUAAUCAAACUGAUUUGGUCCGUGACAUGAACCACCAAACCAUCCACACUAAAACUAAACCAUUCCCUUGUGAGACUUGUGGAAAAGCUUUCGCACGAAAAUGCCACCUGACCAACCAUCAGCGUGUCCACACGAGAGAGAAAUCAUUUACUUGUGAUUUAUGUGGACAAUGUUUUACUUCAGAGCACACUCUCUCUGGUCAUUACCAAACUCACACUGAGCAAAAACCAUUUUUCUGUGACAUUUGUGAACAAGAUUUUACAAGUAAGUCUGGCCUGACCAUCCAUCAGCGUAUCCACACUGGAGAGAAACCGUUUGUUUGUGACCUUUGUGGGGAAGCCUUCUCACGAAAUCAAACACUGACCAUCCAUCAGCGUGUCCACACUGGAGAAAAGCCAUUUGUUUGUGACAUUUGUGGAAAAGGAUUUGCGCAAAGGUAUUUACUGACUACUCAUCAGCAUGUUCACACCGGACAAAAACAAUUUGUUUGUGGCAUUUGUGGAAAAGCCUUCACGGUAAAAUCUUCAAUGAUAAAACAUCAGGUAGUCCACACUGGAGAGAAACCAUUUGCUUGUGACAUUUGUGGAAAAGCAGUUUCUGAAAGAAGCAGUCUAACUAAACACCAGAGAGUACACACUGGAGAGAAACCAUUUGUUUGUGACAUUUGUGGAAAAGCAUGUGCUCUGAAAACUACUUUGAAAAGUCACCAAAGAGUCCACACUGGAGUGAAACCAUUUAAUUGUGAGACUUGUGGAGAAGGCUUCACUUAUAAGAACGCUCUCUUUAACCAUCACCAAACUCACAUUGAGGAGAAAACUCACAUUGAGGAAAAGCCAAUUGUUUGUGAUAUUUGUGGAAAAGUCUUGAAAUCUAAAAAGAAAUUUGACAAACACCAACUUGUCCACUCUGAAGAGAAACCAUUUUAUUGUGACAUUUGUGGAAAAACCUUCCCCCAAAAAUAUGAUCUGACUAGACACCAGCGUGUCCACACUGGAGAGAAACCAUUUGUCUGUGAAAUUUGUGGAAAAGCAUUCGCGGAAAAAUAUCACCUGACCACCCAUCAGUUUGUUCACACAGGAGAGAAACCAUUCGUUUGUGACACUUGUGGAAAAGCAUUCACGCAAAAGAAUCUACUGAUUACUCAUCAGCAUGUCCACACUGGAAACAAACAGUUUGCGUGUGGCAUUUGUGGAAAAGGCUUCACGACAAAGGCUUCAAUGAUAAAACAUCAAGUUGUCCACACUGGAGAGAAACCAUUCGUUUGUGACAUUUGCGGAAAAGCAGUUUCUGAAAGAAGCAGUCUUACUAAACACAAGAGAAUACAUACUGGAGAGAAACCAUUUGUUUGUGACAUUUGUGGAAAAGCAUGUGCUCUGAAAACCACUUUAAAAAGUCACCAAAGAGUCCACACUGGAGAAAAACCAUUCAUUUGUGACUUUUGUGGAAAGUGUUUUGCUCAUAAGUACGCUCUCACGUACCAUUAUCAAACUCACAUUGAAGAGAAACCAAUUGUCUGUGAUGUUUGUGGAAAAGUCUUGAAAUCUAAAAAGAAAUUUGAUAAACACCAACUUGUCCAUUCUGGAGAUAAACCCUUUGCUUGUGACAUUUGUGGAAAAUGUUUUGCCAAUAAGUACAAUCUUGCUUACCAUAACCAAAUUCAUACUGGAGAGAAACCGUUUGUUUGUGAUAUUUGUGGAAAAACCUUCUUGAGAAAACUCAAUCUUACUAUCCAUCAACGUCUCCACACUGGAGAUAAACCAUUUGUUUGUGAAAUUUGUGGAAAAGCGUUCAGACAAAAUUAUCACCUGACCACCCAUCAGCAUGUUCAUACUGGACAAAAGAAAUUUGCGUGUGGCAUUUGUGGAAAAACUUUCACGGCAAAGGCUUCAAUGAUAAAACAUCAAGUAGUCCACACUGGAGAGAAACCAUUUGUUUGUAACAUUUGCGGAAAAGCAGUUUCUGAAAGAAGCAGUCUAAAAAAACACCAAAGAGUACACACUGGAGAGAAACCAUUUAUUUGCAACAUUUGUGGAAAAGCAUUUGCUCUGAAAACCGGUUUAAAGAGUCACCAAAGAGUCCACACUGGAGAGAAACCAUUCAAUUGUGACUUUUGUGGAAAGUGUUUUGCUCAUAAGUUCGCUCUCUCUUACCACUACCAAUCCCAUAUUGUGGAGAAACCAUUUGUUUGUGAUAUUUGUGGAAAAGUCUUGAAAUCCCAAAAGAAAUUAAAUAAACACCAA